AUGCCACAGUGGCUGGAUGGGCGCGUACUGCGACCAGUGCGUGAGGUACCCGGGCUGCCUUCACGGUAGCUGCCAAAAGCCCUGGGAGUGCCUGUGCGACGAGGGCUGGGGCGGUCUGUUCUGCAACCAGGACCUGAACUACUGCACGAAUCACAAGCCGUGCAUGAACGGCGGCACCUGCUUCAACACCGGCCAGGGUUUGUACACCUGCUCGUGCGCGCCGGGCUUCACCGGCACUGACUGCGAGAAGCCGCUUUUGGACUGUCACUCGAAGCCCUGCCUAAACGGCGGCUCGUGCACCAUGGACUCGUCCUACAGCAAUUCUAGCCUGACCGCUCUCGCGGCGAAGAGCGGCGCGGACGCGUCGAAGCAGCAGCAGCAGCAGCAGCAGCAGCAGCCGCAGCAUCACAGGACAGCGUACAAGUGCACCUGUCCGCCCGGUUGGCGGGGCAGGCACUGCGAGAUCAGCACGAGAUCCUGCCGGGACUCGCCGUGCCAUCACGGCGCCACCUGCGAGGACGACUCUCUGCGCGGGUACGUGUGCCGGUGCCCGGCCGGCUACACCGGCAACGACUGCGAGUCCCAGCUGAACGAGUGCUCGCCGAAUCCCUGCGAGAACGGCGGCAGCUGCACGGACAUCGUGAACGGCUUCAAGUGUACCUGCCCGCCGGGCUACACCGGCGACCGCUGCGAGACCAACAUCGACGACUGCCAGGGCGACCCCUGCCUGAACGGCGCGACCUGCGUGGACCUGGUGAACCAGUUCCGCUGCCAGUGCGUGCCCGGCUACGUCGGCAGGAUCUGCCAGGACAAGGUCGACUACUGCCUCGCGAAGCCCUGCGCGAACGGCGGCGGCUGCAUCUCGGGG